AUGUGGAAGAGGCUGCUUCAGCUGCUCGGAUGCGUCGUGCUGGUGGAGCUAUGGCUUGUCCGGCCGGUUUGCGCGUUGCCCCUUCCCGACGCAGGGCCGCACGUGCACACCGGCUGGGGGGAAACGAUACGAAUAAGACGACUGCAGACGGUCAGGAGGCACGGACAGGAGAGCUACUAUCUCAGGAUACACAACGACGGCAGAGUGGACGCGGAAAGGCAUACGAGUCCUCAGAGUUUACUUGAAAUCAGAGCCGUCGACAUCGGGCUGGUGGUCUUCAAAGGAUAUCACUCUUCUCUGUAUCUCUGCAUGGCGACUGACGGAACGCUUUAUGGAAUGAAUGCUUAUUCUCCAGAAGACUGUUCCUUCAUAGAAAUUAUCGCCGGUAGAUUCAAUGUCUAUAAAUCGCCAAAAUAUGGGAUGGCCAUCUCUAUAAACAAGGACAAGUCGAGGCAGCAGUCCAAAGGGAAAGGCAGUUUGUCCCAUUUCCUACCAGUGACGCAGUGGGACCCCUUGGAUCUUUACCAGGAUGACGGGGAAGAUGAUGAGUAUCCAUACGAUAACGGCCAUAAAAACAGUCAUAAUGUGGAGAGCAUGGACCCGCUGAGGCUUGUAGAUCACAGGACCUUUCACAAAAACUAG